AUGGCCUCCGAAGCUCAAAGCAUUUCUGCCCCGCCUGCCGACCGGCAGCUUAUUACUCACAAUGGAAAACAAUAUACAACAGUCAAGGAAGGCCUUGCCUACAUUUUGACUCCCGAGACCGCCGACGAUGGCCCCAAACCGACAAAGGAGACAGAUGAGGUGCAACAGGUCUUCUACAACCCUAUCCAGCAGUUCAACAGGGACUUGACAGUGCUUGCCAUCAAGGCAUAUGGGAAGGAGAAGUUGGAGGAGAAGGAGCAAACAGGGAGCGAUGACCGUCCGACUAAGGCACAAAAGAUCUCCGACACUCCGGCCCCGGAGUCUGGCAUUGCAGCCAGCUCCAAAGGCAAAGAUACGGUUGAUGCCACCUCAGCUCCGGCCGAAAGCGGCCCGGAAACAGCUCCUCUGGAAGCCGGAACGGAACUACGAGCGAACAAUUGCACACAGCCCGGGCGUGACGAUCCGAACGGUGACAAAUCGCAGACAACCCUGGCGAGGUUUACAAUCCUUGACGCACUUUCAGCCACGGGGUUGCGUGCGUUGCGCUAUACCCAAGAGAUACCCCUUGUGACGUCCGUCACCUCGAACGAUCUGCUGGCUUCAGCCAUCGAGUCAAUCAAGCUGAAUGUGGAGCACAACAAGCUUCAAGACAAAAUUAACGUAUCCCACGAUGACGCGAUAGCUCAUAUGUAUACCCUUGUUGCCAAGGAGCUACGGCGGAAGGACACGAGGGGACGGCCGACAAAGAGCGAGAGGUACGACGUGGUUGAUCUAGACCCAUACGGGACAGCCGCGCCGUUCCUCGAUGCGGCCGUCCAAGCUGUCAGGGACGACGGCGGCCUCCUCUGUGUUACAUGCACAGAUUCUGGCGUCUGGGCCUCCAACGGAUACCCGGAGAAGGCGUACUCCCUCUACGGCGGCAUCCCGAUGAAGGGGGGCAUGCAGUCGCACGAGGGUGGCUUGCGCCUCAUUCUUCACGCGAUUGAGUCCUCGGCUGCCCGGUACGGGUUGGCCAUGGAGCCUCUCCUAUCCUUGUCCAUUGACUUUUACGCUCGCGUCUUUGUGCGCAUCAGGAGGUCUCCUGCGAGCGUCAAGUUCCAAGCAGGCAAGAACAUGAUCGUCUACAACUGCGAUGCCGGUUGUGGUGCCUGGACAACGCAACUUCUCGCGAGGAACAAACCCGUACCAAACAAGAAGGGCUCAGGGCAUUACUACAAGCACGUCUUCGCUCCGGCACCCACAGCGAACCAACACUGCGAACACUGUGGCUCGGUAAUGCACUUGUCUGGGCCAAUGUACGCCGGCCGCCUCCACUCCCCUUCGUUCGUCAAAAGGGUCUUGGAAGAGGCGCGGGACGCAUCGACGGAUAUCUAUGGAACGAUCAACCGGGUUCAAGGAAUGCUACAGACAGCUCUGGAAGAGUUCUUGCCGACCCCCGAAGAGGCGGAAGCUCUAGAGGGGCAAUCCCGGAUGGAGGGGGUAGAUCCGGAGCAGACGGCUCCCGAGACAAAGUCAACCGAAGCCGUUAUUUCGAAAGAGGAUGAGCUGGCCGCCAUCGAUCCUUAUCCCUUCUUCUUUAUCCCGACCCAGAUAGCUGGAAAGCUGCACUGCGUCACACCGCCCGAAAGUCCGCUGAGAGGCGCACUCAUCGGUCUCGGGUACCGUGUUACGAGGAGCCACUGCAAGCCUGGCAGCAUGAAGACGGAUGCGCCUUGGUCGGUUAUCUGGCACGUCAUGAGGGAAUGGGUCCGUCAAAAGGCACCUGUUAAGGAGGAGAACAUCAAACCCGAAAGCCCGGCCUAUCGGCUCCUGCGGCUGGGUAAACGGGAGGACUCGGGCACUUCGGAGGAUGGCUCGAAGGUCGCCGACGGUGAGAAAAUGGAGGUGGUAUUUGAUGAGAAAGUCGGCAAGGAUCCGACAAAGGGUCUCUACCUCCGAUAUCAGACAAACCCCCGGGAAAAUUGGGACCACGCACACUCUCUCAACCAUGCCGACGGCAAUCUCGUCUGGGCGUCGUCGUCGCCGCCCGGCGGCGACAUCGAGGACGCAAUCGGCCCCCUCAGGGAAGAAGAAAUCGUCUUCGCCCUGAGGCGCCGGGACGGCGACGGCUAUCUCGUCUACAGCCUGGCGGAGCCGCAGCAGCCCGCGGAGGCCGUCGCCCAGCCCGGGGAAGCCGCCGCCACCCAGCCCAAGGCAGGGGCCGCGGGGCCGCCGUUCAGGCUCUCCGCCCUGCUCGCCCCGACUCUGCCGGAGGGGCUACUCGCGAAGCACCUCCUCACGCGGGUGCCCGACCACCUGGUCUGCGACGCCGGCCACCGGCUGCACGUCGUCGUGUCUACGGGGUCCGGGACGUGCCAGGCCCAGGAGUUCCACGACGCCGUGCUGCGGCCGCUGCUGGCCGCGCUGGGCCUCGCCGCGGGGUCCGAGGACGCCGACGCGGCCCGCCGCGACGGUGGCUACGAGCUCACAAUCACCCAGAGCCCGCAGACGGUAAGGGACCUCGCUCGACGCCUAUGGGGCAGCGAUGGAGACGACGAUGGGAGCAGCGAGUCGGGACCGCCCGUCGCGCGGACGAUCGUCCUACUGAGCGGCGACGGCGGCGUCGUGGACCUCCUCAACGGCAGCAGCAGCGGGGAGCCGACCCGCGCGGGCCCGAGGCCGUCCAUCGCGCUCUUGCCCCUCGGCACGGGCAACGCGCUGUUCCACUCCCUGCACAAACCUCUCUACGCGGCGGCGGCCGGGGAGGGCGGUGGACCUUCGCCGUACGUGCUCGGCCUCCGCACGCUCCUCGCGGGCGCCGCCGCGCCGCUGCCGACCUUCAGGGCGUCGUUCUCGCCCGACUCCCGGCUGCAACAGCCCCGCCGCGAUAAGCCCGUCGACCACCUCGUCGGGGCCAUCGUCGCGAGCUACGGCUUCCACGCCAGCCUGGUGUGGGAGAGCGACACGCCCGAGCACCGGCGGCACGGGGCCGCGCGGUUCGGCAUGGCGGCGCGGGAGCUGCUGGCGACGAACCACGCGUACCGCGCGGUCGUCGAGGUCAGGCCGGCAGGCGCCGGCAGCUCCGGCGGGGUCCGGAGGCUCGGGCGGGAGAGCUACGGGUACGUGCUCGGCGCGAUGGUGUCGAACCUGGAGAGGACCUUCACCAUCUCGCCGGCGAGCGCGCCGCUCGGGGGCCAGCUGCGGCUGGUGCACUUUGGGGACGUCGGGGCCGAUGGGAUGAUGGAUAUCAUGCAGUCGGCAUACGACGACGGCUCUCAUGUUGGGAUCAGUUGGGUAACUAAGGAUGGGGUCGAGGACGGGGUGGGGUACGAUGAGGUUGAAGGGUUCAAGGUCACUGUUGAGGAAGACGACCCCAGGUGGAGGAAGGUAUGUGUCGACGGCGUGAUCGUCGAGCUGGCGCCGGGCGGUUGGAUGGCAGUGGAGAAGAUCCCCGAGUCACGUUUUUAUGUGGUGGUUGAUAGAUCUCUUCUAAAGGGUGCUUAG